GUGUGUGUGUGUGUGUCACGUGACCAUAACAGACCGAGCAUGGCGGGAGAAAGGAUGAGCUGUAUCUCGUAUUUCACCAGAUAAUUCCUCCCACGCCCACUACCCACACAAGUACACGCACUCCACCGUAUGUGAGGGUGGGGGCGGGUGAACCUGCAGGCAGUGACGUGCUUGACAGGAGGUGUAGCCAGUGUGUAGUUUUGGAGAGGUAGAUUGAUGUGCUGAGGCACCAUGAAUGAGAGGGCUGAGCAGAAUAGACUGAAGGCGCUGGAGAUCAGGAAACGGAAAAUGGCAGCCCAGGGAGUCUCGGAGACCACACCGUGCCCCCCGGGACCUUUACAGUCCACAGCAAGACCAACAGGAACUGUGGAGUCAUAUGAGACGCCCGCCAAGAAGCCUCAGCUUGAGGCGACUAAAACCACCUCCCAGCUGCCUCCUGAAGUCUUGAAACGGAUUGAAGAGAACAGGAGGAAGGCCCUGGAAAAGAGAGAGGCUCUAAGAAGGGAAAGAGAACAAUCCAGCAGUGUUCCUCAAGUCUCUGCUGCUCCUGUGGCCACCUGUGCCCUGGCCCCCACCACCACCAAUACCAAGAGCACAAUGGCUAUUGGAGGAACUGUGGAGUUUUAUGGGACAUCUGCCAAGAAGCCUCAUCUUGAGGCGACUAAGACCACCUCCCAGCUGUCUCCUGAAGUCUUGAAACGGAUUGAAGAGAACAAGAGGAAGGCCCUGGAGAAGAGGGAGGCUCUAAGAAGGGAAAGGGAACAAUCCAGCAGUGUUCCUCAAGUCUCUGCUGCUCCUGUGGCCGUGACGCGGCACCGGCCACUUCCUCAGACCACCCGUGCCCUGGCCCCCACCACCACCAAUACCAAGAACACAAUGUCUGUUGGAGCAGUGUCAAAACCGAAGAAGUGCGUCACUGUGACCAUCGUGCUGACCUCCAUCCAUAACUUCACCGCCAGGACCUCCAUGUAUCAUCAAGCUGUCAUCGAUGUCUUUAGAUCCAUCACCAAUAGAACCUAUGAUUCCAAGACACAUCAGUGGAGCUUCCCCAUCAGUGGGCACAGUGAACUGGUAGCAGCGCUGAAGCCUUUGUACCCUGAGGUGGAGGUGAAACCCUUGCCUCAGUUUGUCCUGAAGGUGUGCAAUAGAGGCGGCAGUGAAGAAGAUCCUGCCUCUUGCAUUGACCUGCAUGGGUUGGACACGAGGCUCCUGGAUGCCCUCUUGCCUUUCCAGGUGGAGGGUGUCAAGUUUGGCAUCAGUCUUGGGGGCCGGGUGAUGCUGGCGGAUGACAUGGGACUGGGCAAGACCAUUCAGGCGCUGGGCAUUGCUUGUCACUACAUCCUGGAGUGGCCGCUGCUGGUGGUGACGCCCUCCUCCAUGAAGUACUCGUGGGAGGAGAGUGUGCUACGGUGGGUAAGCUCAGUGAGGGAGGAGGACGUGCGUGUGUUGACUUCUGGGGCUGACAAAUUCCGGAAUGCCAAGGUGGUGGUGACCAGUUAUGACCUGCUGACCCGCAGGGCUGAUGCCAUGCUGCAACAUAACUUUGGGGUCGUCAUCCUUGAUGAGUCUCACAUGAUCAAGUCGUACAAGUCGGCGCGCUACAAGGCUACUGCACCGCUCAUGAAGAAGGCAAAGCGAGUGAUCCUGCUGAGUGGCACGCCGGCAAUGUCGAGACCCAGUGAGCUGUACACACAGAUCAACGGCAUUAACCCUUCACUCUUCCCUUUCUUCCAUGAUUUCGGAGUGCGGUACUGUGAAGGGAAGAAGGAAGCGUGGAGCUGGACGUACAAUGGCAGCAGCAACACAGAUGAACUACAGAUUAUCCUGCAGUGCUGUGUGUUGAUACGAAGGCUCAAGUCAGGUCUCUCUCAGCUGCCUCCCAAACAGAGAAUGACUGUGGUGUUGGACUCAGAUCUCAUCUCCAAGAAGAGGCUGAAGACCUUUGAUAAGCAGAAUUGGAAUUUUGAGAACUUGGAGAGUAGUGAUUCCCUGCAGCAGUUUGCCAAGACUGUUGAGGUGAAGGUGGAUGCAGUGCGGGCAUACCUGAAGGAGGUGCUGGAGUCUGGCAGUAAGUUCCUGGUGUUCGGCCACCACUCCAUGAUGCUGGAUGCCAUCUGCUCCCUGUGCCAGGACACCAAGACCAAGUUCAUCCGCAUUGACGGGAGCACGUCACCCGAAGAGAGGAUGGCCCGCACUUCAAAGUUCCAGAACCAUGAGGAUGUGAGGGUGGCCGUCCUAUCCAUCACUGCAGCAAGCACUGGCAUCACCCUCACUGCUGCCCAGCUGGUCAUCUUUGCUGAGCUGUACUGGAAUCCGGGGAUCUUGGUGCAAGCCGAAGACCGAGCCCACAGGAUAGGUCAGCAGGACAGUGUGACGGUGCAGUACUUGUUGGCCAAAAACACAGUAGAUGACCACAUCUGGCCACUGCUACAGACCAAGCUAGAGGUGUUGGGGAAGGUGGGGCUCUCUGAUGACAAGCUCAACAAGAAUAAGAUGUCAUAUCAGAAGUGUGUAGCUCAGCCAGACAUUAGGAGCUUUAUAGACAAGCAGAAAUCUCCAGGAGAGUGUGCAGCUCACCCAGACAUCAGGAACUUUAUAGACAAGCAGAAAUCUCCAGGAGAGAACUCAGACCCACACUGGAACUCCUGAUCUUUCACAACUCUGGACUGGAUUAGAAGAGGCAUUUGGAAUCAUAUUUGUUUUUAUUUUUUAUUUUAGUUAGACAUCCAGUCUCCCUAAUCAGUCCACUGUACUUUCACUAAAUAGGAUGCCUUAAGUACAAGAAUCCCAGCUAGUCAUGGGAAGAAAAGAAAAAUAUUCUUGUUUCUUGCACCGUAAGUCUUGUAAAAAGGAAAUCUGUGUUUAUGUACUUCAGUGGAGGAACUAAUGCACCUUAUGUAAGCUGCUGGAAGUGAUGUAAGGGUGGUAUGAAUUUAAAUGUUUUAGUGUAAGUGCAUGUGAAUUCCUCAAGUUACUAUGAUAAAUGCUGAGGAAACAAUAAUGUGAAUUUGCUAUUUAAAGUAUAAAUAAAUUUUUUUUAAAUA